GAGAGGAUGGGGGUGCAGACAGAGAGACGGGGACGUUCAUAACUUUGCAUUCAGCUCCACUGCUGCCAGUCAAGACCAGCAUGCGUCAUUAUCAGACAGGGAGUGAGACCAAACCGCAAACAUUUUAAAAGUAAUACUAUUUUAGCACAAGGAUCCAUCUUCGUACGCAGCAGAGCAUCAGCUGCCAUCAUCAUCAUCACCACUAGCACCACCGGGAGCUUGUCCCCUGAUGCCCCGUCCGUCCGCUGAUCCGCACUGCUGCUGCUAGGCGUCGGGGCGCAGAGAGGGGAGGGAAAGGAGGAGGAAGAGUGGAUGAGGAGUAGGAAGGAGAGGAGUGGAGGGGGGCUCGGCCGGGCUGCCCUAUAUGGCUGUGGAUGUGCUCUCUGCUAAUAUCGGCUUGAGAAGCACAGCAUCGCGUUUCUGCCAGCAGUCAGUGGUGGCUUCCAGAGUCUAAGCAGGCUCCUUCACAGCCAUGGCUGAGGGCGGAGAAGGGGAAGAUGAGAUCCAGUUCUUGAGAACUGACGAUGAGGUGGUGCUCCAGAGUGUGGCCACCAUCCAGAAGGAGCAUCGUAAGUUCUGCCUGGCCGCCGAGGGACUUGGAAACCGUCUAUGUUACCUGGAAUCAACAUCUGAAGCUAAGUAUGUUCCUCCGGACAUUUGUAUCUGUAACUUUGUGCUGGAGCAGUCACUGUCAGUGCGAGCCCUGCAGGAGAUGCUGGCUAACACUGGGCAGAACAGCGAAGGGAGCGCUGACCAUGAAAAAUGGAGGUUGAUUAAAAAGGCGGGUCAGGGGGGUGGACACCGGACCCUGCUCUACGGUCACGCCAUCCUCCUACGCCACUCCUUCAGUGGCAUGUACUUGACCUGUUUGAAGACAUCAAGGUCUCUGACAGACAAGCUGUCAUUUGAUGUCGGACUGCAAGAAGAUUCAAUAGGAGAGUCCUGCUGGUGGACCAUUCACCCUGCAUCUAAGCAGAGAUCUGAGGGAGAGAAAGUCCGCAUUGGAGACGACCUGAUUCUUGUCAGUGUGUCGACGGAGAGAUAUCUACAUCUCUCUAUUUCCAAUGGCAACAUUCACGUGGAUGCCUCCUUCAUGCAGACCCUGUGGAAUGUCCAGCCUACCUGCUCAUCAAGCAACAUGGCAGUAGGUUAUUUAAUUGGUGGACAUGUGAUGCGUCUCUGUCAUGGGCAUGAUGAGAGCCUGACCAUUCCUGGAGCAGACAAGAAUGAAGAGGAGCAGAGGAUAGUCAACUAUGAGGCUGGUAAGGGAGCAUCAAAGGCCCGUUCACUGUGGAGAGUGGAGCCGCUGAGGAUCAGCUGGAGUGGUAGCCACAUCCGGUGGGGCCAGCCCUUCCGACUACGCCAUCUCUCUACUGGCCAUUAUCUUGCCCUGACUGAAGACCGUGGACUGGUCCUGCAGGACAGAGUGAAGUCUGACACCACGGCCACUGCUUUCUGCUUUAGGGCCUCCAAGGAAAAGGGAGAUACUGGCCCAAAGAGGGACAUUGAUGGCAUGGGCGUGCCAGAGAUCAAGUACGGAGACUCUGUGUGCUUCAUCAUGCAUGUGGCAACAGGACUUUGGCUGUCCUACCAGGCGCCAGAUGCCAAAUCAUCUCGUCUUGGUCCCCUAAAAAGAAGGGCCUGCCUACAUUCUGAGGGCCACAUGGAUGACGGGCUCAUCCUCCAGCGCUGUCAGCAUGAGGAGUCUCGGGCUGCACGCAUCAUCCGUAACACCACGUUCCUCUUUACCAAUUUCAUCAAAGCUUUGGACAGCAUUGCAGCAGGAGAGUCUACAGCGGUGGCCGGGUACGUUGAAGAGGUGCUACAGACACUGAAUGAUUUGAUUGAGUACUUUAAGCAGCCCGAUUCUGAGCUGGAGCAUGAAGAGAAGCAGUGUCUUCUCCGUUCACUCAUCAAACGUCAGGACCUCUUCAAAGAGGAGGGUAUGCUGAGUCUUCUGUCCAAAUGCAUCGAUCGAAUGAACCUGUACGACAGUGCAGCCCACUUCGGGGAGGUGGCUGGGGAGGAAGCUGGCGCAGCCUGGAAGGACAUUCUCAACCUGCUUUAUGAACUCUUAGCUGCACUGAUUCGUGGAAACCGGAACAACUGUACCCAGUUUUCCCGAAAAUUGGACUGGUUGGUCAGCAAACUCGAAAGACUGGAGUCUUCAUCAGGUAUUCUGGAAGUCCUCCACUGUAUCUUGGUAGAAAGCCCAGAAGCUCUGAACAUCAUCCAGAAAGGUCACAUUAAAUCCAUCGUCUCUCUGCUCUACAAGCAUGGACGCAACCACAAGAUCCUGGAUGUCCUUUGUUCCCUCUGUGUAUGCAAUGGAGUGGCAGUGAGAGCCAAUCAGAAUCUGAUCUGUGACAACCUCCUUCCCAAUAGGGACCUACUGCUUCAGACUCGAUUGGUCAAUGAUGUUCAGAGUAUGAGACCAAAUAUCUUCCUGGGCAUAGCUGAAGGUUCAGCUCAGUAUAAGAAGUGGUAUUAUGAGCUGGUCAUUGACCAAGUGGACCACUUUGUAACCAGUGAGCCGACCCACCUGAGGGUAGGCUGGGCCAACACUAAAGGCUAUGCUCCGUACCCCGGUGGAGGAGAAGGGUGGGGAGGCAACGGUGUUGGAGAUGACCUGUACUCUUACAGCUUUGAUGGACUGCAUCUCUGGUCAGGCCGAAUCCCAAGGGCCGUGGCCUCCAUUAACCAGCACCUGCUGAACUCAGACGAUGUGGUCAGCUGCUGUCUGGAUUUGGGAGCUCCCAGUAUGUCCUUCAGGAUCAACGGGCAGCCUGUCCAGGGCAUGUUCGAGGACUUCAACACAGACGGGUUCUUCUUCCCUGUAGUCAGCUUUUCUGCAGGUGUAAAGGUCCGGUUCCUGCUAGGCGGCCGCCAUGGAGAUUUCAAGUUCUUGCCACCUGCCGGUUACUCUCCGUGUUAUGAAGCACUGUUGCCCAAAGAGAAGAUGCAUGUAGAGCCUGUGAAGGAGUACAAGAGGGACCAUGAUGGGGUCCGUGAUUUGCUGGGAACCACCCAGUUCCUCUCUCAGGCCUCCUUUAUCCCCACUCCUGUUGACACCAGUCAGAUUGUUCUUCCCCCUCACUUGGAGAACAUCCGGGACAAGCUGGCAGAAAACAUUCACGAACUGUGGGGGAUGAACAAGAUUGAACUGGGCUGGACCUAUGGCAAGGUUCGUGAUGACAACAAGAGGCAGCACCCUUGCCUUGUGGAUUUCGCCAAGCUGCCUGAAACUGAAAGGAACUACAACUUGCAGAUGUCCAGUGAAACCCUAAAGACCCUUUUAGCCCUGGGAUGCCAUGUUGCCCAGGUUAAUAUUCACGCUGAAGACGAUCUGAAGAAAAUCAAAUUACCCAAAAACUACAUGAUGUCCAAUGGAUAUAAGCCUGCGCCGCUGGACCUCUCUGACGUGAGACUGAAUGCUGGUCAGGAGGUUCUAGUUGAUAAACUGGCCGAAAAUGCGCACAAUGUGUGGGCCAAAGAUAGAAUUAAACAAGGAUGGACCUAUGGCAUCCAGCAGGAUUUGAAGAGCAGGCGUAAUCCUCGCCUGGUGCCAUAUGCUUUACUGGAUGAACGCACCAAGAAAUCUAACAGGGACAGUCUGAGAGAGGCCAUCAGGACUAUGGUUGGAUAUGGAUAUGAGAUCGACCCCCCAGAUCAAGAGGUUGUGCACGUGCUUGAUGAUCAGAGCGUCGAGACGAUACGCUUCUUCCGUGUGGAGCAGACCUACGCGGUGAAGACGGGGAAGUGGUACUUUGAGUUUGAGGCUCUGAGUGGAGGAGACAUGAGGGUUGGCUGGGCCAGACCAGGCUGCAGACCUGAUGUGGAGCUCGGAGUGGACGAUCAAGCCUUCGUCUUUGAUGGAUAUCGGGGACGACGUAUGCAUGCAGGCAGCCGCUACUUUGGACAUCCUUGGAAAAAGGGCGACGUGGUUGGCUGCAUGAUCAACAUGGAGGACAAAUCGAUGAUUUUCACCCUUAACGGAGAACUGCUGAUCACCAAUAAAGGAUCCGAGCUUUGCUUCACUGACUUUGAGACAGAGGAUGGUUUCAUCCCCGUGUGCAGUCUCAGCAUGUCUCAGAUCGGCCGUAUGAACUUGGGCAAGGACGCCAGUACUUUCAAGUACUACACCAUGUGUGGUCUACAGGAGGGUUUUGAGCCCUUUGCUGUUAACAUGAACAGAGAGGUCACCAUGUGGUUCAGCAAGCGCCUGCCCACUUUUUUCAAUGUACCUGAGGAACACCCUGAUAUUGAGGUGACGAGGAUUGACGGAACAGUCGACAGCCCUCCUUGCCUUAAGGUCACUCACAAGACGUAUGGCACUCAAAACAGCAACAAUGACAUGGUCUACUGUAGACUGAGCAUGCCCGUGGAGUUUUAUUCUGCAGACAAGCUCCUGGAUGAAUCACUGAAGCUCAGCCAUCCUCCAAAAGAAGAUGGAAGUAUUGACUUUGGAAGCAUCACAACUUAUUACUACUCAGUGCGAGUGUUUGCUGGACAGGACCCUGCUUCUGUGUGGGUGGGCUGGGUCACACCCGACUAUCAUUAUUAUAGCAAGAACUUCAGCCUCAGCAAAACACGCACGGUCACAGUGACGCUGGGAGAUGAGAGGGGAAGGGUCCAUGAGAGUGUUCAGAGGAGUAACUGCUACAUGGUGUGUGUAGCAGACGCAGUUACCCCGUCUUCCUCCAGCCGCUCUAGCUCCGACCUGGAGAUUGGCUGUCUGGCUGACCUGGCCACUGGCCUUGUCUCCUUCACUGCCAAUGGCAAAGAGCUCCCCACAUCAUAUCAGGUGGAACCAAAUACCAAGCUCUUCCCUGCUGUAUUUGUCCUCCCCACCAGUGCAAACCUCUUCCAGUUUGAAUUUGUUAAGAUAAAGGAUGCCAUGCCACUCUCAUCAGCCAUAUUCAAGAGCGAGCACAGGAACCCGGUGCCACAGUGUCCGCCACGGUUGGAUGUGCAGACAAUUGUGGCAGUGCUUUGGAGCCGGAUGCCCAAUAUCUUUCUCAAUGUGGAGACGGCUCGCGUUAGUGAAAGACAUGGCUGGGUGGUCCAGUGUCUGGAGCCUAUGCAGAUGAUGGCUGUACACAUACCUGAAGAAAACAGGUGUUUGGACAUAAUGGAGUUAUCUGAGCACGAAGACUUGAGGAAGUUCCACUACCACACACUAAAGCUGUAUUGUGCCCUUUGUGCACUGGGAAACACUCGUGUAGCUCACGCCCUCUGCAGCCAUUUGGACCAAUCACAGCUUCUCUACACAAUCGACAAUCAGUACCUCUCUGGCAUGCUGAGAGAGGGCUUCUACAAUGUCCUCAUCAGCAUUCAUCUCGAGACAGCAAAGGAAGCCCGUCUAAUGAUGAACAACGAGUUCAUUAUCCCUGUGACGGAUGAAACGCGCUCCAUCAAGCUGUUCCCAGAUGAGUCCAAGCAACAUUCACUUCCUGGGGUGGACCUAAGCACCUCCCUUAAACCUCGGGUCAAUUUCUCCCCUGUGGGAAUCAUCAACACCAAACGCCAGCAGUACCUCUACAGCCCCCAGAUCCCAUUGGGCAUCCUAAAGGAAAAAGCCAUUAGCAUGCUAACCGAGGCAGUGCAAGGUGGAGGGACCCACAUCCGAGACCCAGUAGGCGGGAGUCUUGAGUACCAGUUUGUUCCCAUUUUGAAACUGAUUGGAACACUGUUAAUAAUGGGAGUCCUGACCAGUGAUGAGGUGAGGCUGAUUCUCCUCCUGAUCGACCCCAAUGUGUUUGGAGAGACCAAAGAGGGCGAGGAAGUUAAGGGGGAUGAGGUGGCCAUGUCGGGGGAGAAGGAGGAGGUGAGCAAGAAUGAGGAGAAGGCUGUAGAAGCAGGGGAGGAGGAGACCAAGGAGAGCAAACCGCAAGUUAAAGGCCUGCUGGAGAAGUCUCUGCCGGAGUCUGUCAAACGCCAGAUGUGUGAGCUGCUCCACUACUUCUGUGACUGCGAGCUGAAGCACCGCAUCGAAUCCAUUGUUUCCUUCUCCGACAGCUUCGUAUCCAAGCUGCAGUACAAUCAGAAGUUCCGCUACAAUGAGCUAAUGCUGGCUCUCAACAUGUCUGCCGCUGUCACUGCCAAGAAGACCAAAGAGUUUCGUUCACCUCCGCAGGAGCAGAUAAACAUCCUGUUGAAUUUCAGCGCAGGUGAGGACUGCCCCUGCCCCGAGGAGAUCCAGGAUGAGCUCAACUCGUUCCACGAAGAACUGCGGCUGCAUUGUGGAAUUCCAGUGGAGGAGGAAGAAGAAGAACAGGACACUUCAAUUAAAGGCCGUCUUCUGGCUUUACUGUAUAAGAUCAAGGGCCCACCACAGAAGACAGAGCAGGAACCCACAGAGACUGAACAGGCUGCCCCCACCAACCUGAAGGAGCUUAUCUCCCAGACCAUAACCAGCUGGGCUCAGGAGUCUCACAUUCAGGACCCAGAGCUGGUCAGAGUGAUGUUCAGCCUGCUGAGGAGACAGUAUGACGGCAUCGGGGAACUGCUUCGGGCCAUGAAGAAGUCGUACACCAUCAGUGCCGCAUCCGUGCAAGAUGCUAUUAACCUGCUGGCAUCUCUGGGUCAAAUCAGAUCUCUGCUAUCAGUGCGAAUGGGCAAGGAAGAGGAGAAACUCAUGAUUGAUGGGCUCGGCGACAUCAUGAACAACAAGGUUUUCUACCAGCAUCCUAAUCUGAUGAGAGUGCUGGGCAUGCAUGAGACAGUCAUGGAGGUCAUGGUGAACGUGCUUGGGGGAGACAAGUCACAGGAGAUCGCUUUCCCCAAGAUGGUAGCUAGCUGUUGUCGCUUCCUGUGUUAUUUCUGCCGUAUUAGCCGGCAAAACCAGAAAGCCAUGUUUGACCACCUGAGCUACCUGCUGGAGAACAGCAGUGUCGGAUUGGCCUCUGAAGCUAUGCGGGGCUCCACUCCGCUGGAUGUCGCAGCGUCUUCGGUGAUGGACAACAACGGUCUGGCGCUGGCCCUGGAGGAGCCUGAUCUGGAGAAGGUGGUGACAUACCUAGCAGGCUGUGGUCUUCAGAGCUGCGCCAUGCUGGUGGCUAAGGGAUACCCAGACCUCGGCUGGAACCCCAUAGAGGGAGAGCGCUACCUCUCAUUCCUGAGGUUCGCCGUUUUCUGCAACGGUGAGAGCGUGGAGGAAAAUGCCAACGUGGUGGUGAAGCUGCUCAUCAGACGUCCAGAGUGUUUCGGCCCCGCCUUGAGGGGCGAGGGGGGUCAGGGUCUGCUGGCUGCCAUGGAAGAGGCCAUCAAGAUCUCUGAAGAUCCUGCCCUGGACCUGCCCAAGACUCCUGCUGGAGUCACUACUGGGUCUGGUGAGGAGGAAGGGGAAGUGAUUCACAUGGGCAACGCCAUCAUGUCCUUCUACUCUGCCCUCAUUGACCUGCUGGGACGCUGUGCUCCUGAGAUGCAUCUUAUCAAUGCAGGUAAAGGUGAGGCGCUGCGUAUCAGAGCCAUCCUGCGCUCUCUUGUUCCCACUUCAGACCUGGUGGGCGUCAUCAGCAUCCCCCUCAAAAUGCCUGUCGUUAAUAAAGAUGGCACAGUGACCGAACCGGACAUGUCAGCUUGUUUCUGUCCCGACCACAAGGCCCCCAUGGUGCUCUUCCUGGACAGAGUUUAUGGCAUCGAGGACCAGAGCUUCCUGCUCCAGAUGUUGGAGGUUGGCUUCCUGCCUGACCUCCGAGCCUCGGCAUCUCUGGAUACAGAGGCGUUGAGCACUACAGAGACUGCCCUGGCCAUGAACAGGUACAUCGGCUCAGCUCUGCUGCCUCUGCUGACCCGCUGUGCCGCUCUUUUUGGCAGCACAGAGCACCACGCACAGCUGGUUGACUCCACGUUGCAGACUAUCUACAGGCUGUCAAAAGGCCGCUCACUCACCAAAGCCCAAAGGGAUGCCAUUGAAGAGUGUCUGCUGGCAAUCUGCAAACACCUGCGUCCCUCUAUGAUGCAGCAGCUGCUCAGACGUCUGGUGUUUGACGUUCCAGUGCUCAAUGAAUAUUGCAAGAUACCUCUCCGGCUGCUGACCAAUCACUACGAGCAGAACUGGAAGUACUACUGCCUGCCAUCUGGUAUGGGCAGCUUUGGCACUGCCUCUGAGGAGGAGCUCCUUCUCACCAAGAAACUCUUCUGGGGAAUCUUUGACUCCCUUUCUCAUAAGAAAUAUGAUGCUGAACUUUUCAAAAUGGCCAAGUCAUGCCUGUGUGCAAUCGCUGGGGCCCUGCCUCCAGACUUUGUGGAUUCCAGUUUAGGUGCAACGCUGGAGAAGCAGGCAUCAAUGGACGCACAGGGUAACUUUGACCCCAAACCCAUCAGCACUGCCAAUAUCUCCCUUCCUGAAAAACUUGAGUACAUUGCCAACAAAUAUGCAGAGCAUUCCCAUGACAAGUGGUCCUCAGAGAAGAUGUCAGUGGGCUGGAAACAUGGAGACACUGUGGAUGAGCAGGCCAAAACCCAUCCACUCCUGAAGCCCUAUAAAUCUCUGAGUGAGAAGGAGAGAGAAACGUAUCGCUGGCCAGUGAGAGAGUCACUGAAGAGCAUGUUGUCUAUGGGCUGGAACAUUGAGAGGACCAAAGAGGGUGAGGCGAUGUUCCAGCAACGAGAGAGCGAAAAACAGCGGAAGAUCUCCGAGUCCCAGAUUAAUGGAUUCAGUCCCGCUCCAAUGGAUCUGCACAAUGUCACCUUGUCGAGAGAGCUGCAGGGCAUGGUGGAGGUGGUUGCAGAAAAUUACCACAACAUCUGGGCCAAGAAGAAGAAAACUGAGCUUGUCAGCAAAGGAGGAGGGACCCACCCACUGCUGGUACCCUAUGAUACCUUGACAGCUAAAGAGAAGUACAGAGACAGAGAGAAGGCCCAGGAGCUCUUCAAGUUCCUGCAGAUUAGCGGCUAUGCCAUCACAAGAGGCUUGAAGGACAUGGAGCAGGAUUCAUCAUCAAUGGAAAAACGUUUUUCUUACAAGUUCCUUAAGAGGCUGCUGAAGAAUGUUGACUCUGCCCAGGAGUUCAUUGCUCAUCUUGAGGCGAUGGCCACCAGCGGGAAGACCGACAAAUCCCCUCAUGACCAGGAAAUCAAGUUCUUUGCCAAGGUGUUGCUUCCCCUGACUGAUCAAACAUUUAAAAACCACUGUCUGUACUUCCUGUCUACACCUAGUCAGAACCUGAGCAGUUGUGGUUGUGCCUCCAAUAAAGAGAAGGAGAUGGUCACCAGUCUGUUCUGUAAGCUGGCAGCUCUUGUCAGACACAGGAUUUCUCUCUUUGGAAGUGAUUCAGCAAUGAUGGUGAGCUGUCUGCACAUCCUUACUCACUCACUUGACACUAGAACAGUGAUGAAGACUGGCUCGGAGCUGGUAAAAGUCGGGUUAAAGACUUUCUUUGAGAAUGCAGCAGAAGACUUGGACAAGCUGCUGGAGAUGCUGAAACUGGGAAAGUUCAUGCAAUCCCGUGCCCAGAUGAAGAGCGUCAGUCAAAGCAUAAACUAUGUGACAGUGGCACUGCUGCCUAUCCUCACUGCUCUCUUUGAACAUAUCAAAACAUACGAGUUUGGAGUGGACUUGCUUUUGGAUGACGUCCAGCUGUCUUGCUACAGAAUUCUGACAUGUUUGUACUCUCUGGGAACAGGAAAGAACGUGUUUGUGGAGAGGCAUCUGCCAGCACUGGGGGAGAGCCUGGCGACUCUGGUUGGAGCCAUGCCUGUAGCUUUCCUGGAGCCUCAUCUAAACGCUCACAACCCACUCUCAGUCUUCAACACCAAGACCCCUCGAGAGCGAGCCAUCCUGAGUAUGCCUGACACAGUGGAGGAGAUGUGCCCAGAGAUGCCUCGUCUUGACAAACUUCUCAAAGACGUCAAUGAUGUGUCAGAGUCUGGUGCUCGCUAUAGUGACAUGCCACAGGUUAUAGAGGUAAUCCUUCCCAUGCUGUGUAACUAUCUGUCCUACUGGUGGGAGAAAGGUCCAGAGAACUCGCCCCCAGAUACUCAGUGCUGCACCAUGGUGACCUCUGAACACCUCAGCAUCAUUCUGGGAAAUAUCCUCAAGAUCCUCAACAGCAACCUGGGCAUCGAUGAUGCUCCUUGGAUGAAGAGGAUUGCCGUCUAUUCUCAGCCAAUCAUCUGCAAAGCUGGAGCAGAUCUGCUCAGAACCCAUUUCCUGCCCACACUGGAUAAAUUAAAGAAGAAGACAGUGAAGGUGGUGGCUGAAGAGGAGCUGCUGAAAGCUGACAGCAAAGGUGACAACCAGGAGGCAGAACUGCUCAUCUUGGACGAGUUUGCUGUGCUCUGCAGGGACCUCUAUGCUUUCUACCCCAUGCUCAUUCGUUAUGUGGACAACAACAGGUCCAGGUGGCUGAAGGAGCCGGACGGAGACUCCACUGAGCUCUUUAGGAUGGUGGCUGAGAUCUUCAUCCUCUGGUGCAAGUCACAUAACUUUAAGCGUGAGGAGCAAAACUUUGUGGUUCAGAAUGAAAUCAACAAUUUGGGCUUCCUAACUGGUGAAGGCAAGACUAAGAUGUCCAAGACAGGUGGGGACCAGGAGAGGAAACACAAGCGCCGACGUGGUGAAUACUACUCCAUUCAAACGUCUCUAAUUGUAGCCGCCCUGAAGAAGAUGCUACCCAUCGGCCUUAACAUGUGCACCCCGGGAGACCAGGAGCUCAUCUCUUUGGCCAAGAUACGCUACAGCCUGAAAGACACAGAUGAUGAGGUGAAGGAGCAUUUGCGUCAGAAUCUCCAUCUCCAGGACAAGUCUGACGACCCAGCGGUCCAGUGGCAGAUGAACCUGUACAAAGAUGUUGUGGUGAAGAUUGAGGAACCAGCAAACCCAGAGAACACAGUGGACAGAGUCCAGAGCAUCUCUGCUGCAGUCUUCCAUCUGGAGCAGGUGGAGCAACCACUUAGGAAUAAAAAGUGUGUGUGGCAGAAGCUGCUGUCAAAACAGCGUAAACGUGCUGUAGUGGCUUGUUUCCGCAUGGCUCCACUCUACAAUUUACCCAGGCAUCGUGCUAUCAACUUCUUCAUCCCGGCCUAUGAGAGACUUUGGAUAGAGGCAGAGGAGUACUCCUUUGAGGAGAAGCUAGUUCAGGAUCUGGCAGUAAGUACUGGGCUAGCCUUGCCCUCGCCCCAUGUGCCCUGCGUUGGCACCCCUCUGCCAGUCCUGUCUGCCGAAUGCUUCUUUAGCUCUGCGCCUGUUGAGCCAUGGGAGCGCGCCCGGGUGGGGACCUCGCCCAAAGCACCCAGGGUCCCCCGCUCUAGGCGUGCAAAACCCUUCAAACAGAGGUCCGUCAGGGGUCAGAGGCUGCAUGAUCAACUCAGGAGACACAGGGCCAGCUCCGGCACUCACAGCUCUAGAAAAGCAGGCUAUGCCUUUCUGACAGCAGUGAAAACACCAAUGAAGAUUGUGGAGGAGGAGGAAGAGGAGGUGGCUGAGAUCCAGCCCGACCCUCUCCACCAACUCAUUCUCCACUUCAGCCACAAUGCUCUGACAGAAAGAAGUCACUUGGAAGAAGAUCCUUUGUAUAUUGCGUAUGCAGACAUGAUGGCAAAGAGCUGUGCAGAGGAUGAGGAAGAAGAAGAAGAGGAAGAAGGGAAAGAAAAGACAUUCGAGGAGAAGGAGAUGGAAAAGCAGAAGAUCCUUUAUCAGCAGGCGAGGCUGCACGCUCGUGGGGCUGCUGAAAUGGUGCUGCAGAUGAUCAGCGCCAGUAAAGGUCGUCUGGGCCCCAUGGUGACCUGCACCCUCAAACUGGGCAUCUCCAUCCUAAAUGGAGGCAACGUGCAAGUUCAGCAGAAAAUGCUCGAUUACUUGAAAGAAAAAAGAGAUGCAGGCUUUUUCAAGAGUCUUUCAGGACUAAUGCAGUCCUGCAGUGUCCUGGACUUGAAUGCAUUUGAGAGACAGAACAAAGCAGAAGGACUCGGCAUGGUGACAGAGGAAGGUUCUAUCCACACUGAGCGGGGCUCCAAGGUGCUACAGAAUGAUGAGUUUACUAAAGAUCUUUUCCGGUUUUUGCAACUUCUGUGCGAGGGCCACAAUGGAGAUUUCCAGAAUUUUCUGAGAACCCAAACUGGAAACACAACCACAGUCAACAUCAUUAUCAGCACUGUGGACUAUCUGCUCCGUCUUCAGGAAUCUAUCAGUGACUUCUACUGGUACUACUCUGGCAAAGAAAUAAUUGAUGAAACCGGAAAGCUCAACUUUUCCAAAGCUUUAUCUGUAGCAAAGCAGAUAUUUAACUCGCUGACUGAGUACAUCCAGGGUCCAUGUAUUGGGAACCAGCAGAGUUUAGCACACAGCAGACUGUGGGAUGCAGUGGUGGGCUUCUUGCAUGUUUUCGCAAACAUGCAGAUGAAGCUGUCUCAGGAUGCCAGUCAAAUUGAGCUGCUGAAGGAACUGAUGGACUUACAGAAAGACAUGGUGGUCAUGCUGCUGUCUCUGCUUGAGGGUAAUGUGGUUAAUGGAACAAUUGGAAAGCAGAUGGUUGACACCCUGGUGGAGUCUUCCAGCAAUGUGGAGAUGAUUCUUAAGUUCUUCGACAUGUUCCUUAAAUUGAAGGAUCUCACGACCUCUGACAACUUCAAGGAGUAUGACCCUGAGUGUAAAGGCAUCAUUUCUAAGAAGGAGUUCCACAAGUCCAUGGAGAGCCAGAAGCAGUACAUCCAGUCUGAGAUCGAAUUCUUGCUCUCGUGUGUAGAGGCGGACGAGAAUGACAUGUUCAACUACAAGGAGUUUGUGGAGCGGUUCCACGAGCCGGCCAAAGACAUCGGUUUCAAUGUGGCAGUCCUUUUGACCAACCUGUCUGAACACAUGCCGCAUGACUCCCGACUUGCCACUUUCUUAGAUCUGGCUGAAAGUGUGCUUAGUUACUUUGAGCCUUACCUGGGUCGUAUUGAAAUCAUGGGCAGUGCAAAGCGAAUCGAGAGGGUUUACUUUGAGAUCAGCGAGUCGAGCCGUGAGCAGUGGGAAAAGCCGCAGGUGAAAGAAUCCAAGCGUCAGUUCAUCUUUGACGUGGUGAACGAGGGCGGAGAGAGCGAGAAGAUGGAGAUGUUUGUGAAUUUCUGCGAAGACACCAUUUUUGAGAUGCAGCUGGCCUCACAGAUCUCUGAGCCAGAAGUGGUUGAACAGCCCGAAGAGGACGAAGAGGAAGAUGGACACAGCAUCCUGGAGGAGCUGACUGCAGAGGAAGAGCACGCCCUGGAGUCUGCCUCUGCCUUCACCACCGCAUGUCGCUCAGUCAGUGGCAAGAUUGCACACGUCCGCCAGAUGUUUUCCAUUAAAAACAUGCGCAAGAAGUUUAAGAAACUCAAGAAGCUGAGCAUCAAGGAGAUAAUCACAGGCUUCUUUGCCUUCUUCUGGAUGCUCUUCACUGGCUUUUUUAAGGGUAUCUACAGCCUCAUCUUUGGUUUCUUCCACGUCAUCUGGUCCUCCAUGUUUGGUGGAGGUUUAGUCGAGGGAGCCAAGAACAUAAAGGUGACGGACAUCCUCGGAAACAUGCCUGACCCGACUCAGUUCGGCAUCCAUGGAGAUGUGAUAGAGGGAGAGAAAGUGGAGGCUAUAGAAUCAUUAGGAAACCUGGACAUAGCCAUGGCACCAACAGGGGACAUCGUAGAGGUUGACAUGAUGAUGGAGAUGCUGAACGCGCCUAAAAAAGAAGGAGGAAAACAUGUGGAGCCAGGCCUGGGGGAUGUUAGCGAGCUGAGUGCUGAGCCCUCCACUGAUCAUAAGAAGAAAGCUGCUGCCAAGAAGGUUGAAACCCCUGAGAAUGAACCAGAAAAAGCAGACACAGAGAACCAAGAGAAGGAGGAUAAACCAAAGGAGGAGGCGGCUAAGGAGCCAGUGACAGAGGAGAAGCCCAAGACCAGGUCAAGUCAGCCUAAAGAGCCAGCACCGGCGUUCAUGUCCAGUAUUUUUGCAGUUCUGGAUGUCUAUCUGAACAAGACGGUGAACUACCUGGCUCGUAACUUCUAUAACCUCCGCUUCCUGGCCCUGUUUGUGUGUUUUGCCAUCAACUUCAUUCUGCUCUUCUACAAGGUCACUGGUGAAACUGAUGAAGAAACUGAAGGUGAAAACCGCUGGGGUGCUGACGAAGAGGAUGACGAGGACACGCUCUUUGACAUGGAUGAGUUUGUGCUUCAGGAGAGCACCGGCUACAUGUUACCAACGCUGCGCUUCUUGGCUAUAUUCCACACCGUCAUCUCGCUCGUCUGCCUGGUCGGGUACUACUGCCUGAAGGUUCCUUUGGUGGUUUUUAAGAGGGAGAAGGAAAUUGCCAGAAAGCUUGAAUUUGAUGGGCUGUACAUCACUGAGCAGCCAUCUGACGAUGAUAUCAAAGGCCAGUGGGAUCGACUUGUCAUCAACACCCCAUCCUUCCCAAACAACUACUGGGACAAAUUUAUCAAGCGCAAGGUUAUUAAUAAAUAUGGUGAUCUCUAUGGAGCAGAACGCAUUGCUGAGCUUUUAGGCCUAGAUAAGAGUGCUUUGGACUUUGACCCCACAGUGGAAACUGUCGAGAAGGAAGCGUCCCUGGUCUCCUGGCUGAGCUCCAUUGAUACAAAGUACCACAUCUGGAAACUGGGCGUGGUCUUGACUGACAAUUCUUUCCUGUAUCUCAUCUGGUACACCACCAUGUCUAUUUUUGGACACUUCAACAACUUCUUCUUUGCUGCUCAUCUGCUGGACAUCGCCAUGGGAUUCAAGACCCUUCGCACCAUCCUGUCAUCUGUUACUCACAAUGGCAAGCAGCUCGUGCUGACUGUGGGUUUGCUGGCGGUGGUCGUCUAUCUCUACACCGUGGUGGCCUUCAACUUCUUCAGGAAGUUUUACAAUAAGAGCGAGGAUGAAGACGAGCCCGACAUGAAGUGCGACGAUAUGAUGACGUGCUAUAUGUUCCACAUGUACGUGGGUGUGAGAGCUGGAGGAGGUAUUGGAGAUGAGUUAGAGGACCCAGCUGGAGAUCCAUACGAGCUCUACCGCAUCCUGUUCGACAUCACCUUCUUCUUCUUUGUCAUCGUCAUCCUGCUGGCCAUCAUUCAGGGUUUAAUCAUUGAUGCCUUUGGUGAGCUGAGAGACCAACAGGAGCAGGUGAAAGAGGACAUGGAGACCAAAUGUUUCAUCUGUGGAAUUGGGAAUGAUUACUUUGACCGGACGCCUCAUGGCUUUGAAACUCACACCUUACAAGAACACAACCUAGCCAACUACCUGUUCUUCCUGAUGUAUCUGAUUAACAAGGAUGAGACUGAGCAUACGGGUCAGGAGUCAUACGUGUGGAAGAUGUACCAGGAGAGAUGCUGGGACUUCUUCCCCACUGGAGACUGCUUCCGUAAGCAAUAUGAGGACCAGCUGGGUUAGAGCGGGCCGCCUUGUCUGCUGCUCUGAACCCCAAUCUCCACUUUGCUUCUACCUGGAAAAAAGACAUUGAACUUGACUUCACCCUGUUACCAAAACACACACCGUCAUAGUGUCGAAAAAUGUAAAGAGGAAAAAAAAAAAAAAAAUCUGAAUUCUGACACAAACGCAAAACAUAACGACUCUAAGAUUUACAACUGACGAUUGGACAUUUCGGGUUUGCGUGUUCUUCGUUGUUACUGAAAUAGUCUCCUGCCACUACGCCUCUUUUAUGCAAAUAAUUCUUUUAAUUCUGAUUCACAUGGCCUUUUUUCACUUGCUUAACCCCAACCUGCUGCACAAUUUGUUGUUUGUAGACAUCUGAUAAUUGUGAAGGGUUACAGCAUGACAACUGAAUGUCUGAAUAUGCACAAUUUCUAGAUUACCGCCAGGAUGUUACUGUCACUUCCUACCCAAACCACAAGUGAAUGGAUGUGUGCUGCUAGUAAUGAUCUAGUUAACAUCCAGUGAAAUGACCUGAUUUGCCUUUCAAAGCUGGUUCAAACCGUUCUGAUGACAUGAAGAUGGUUCUUCCAGGACCAGAGACAACUCUCACUUUAGGUGUUUAUCAAGUGCCGAUGUGCCUUAUGAAAAAAAACUAUGCAAAAGAGAAAAAAAUAUCAUUUUUGUCCCUCCUAACACAAGCAGUGCUCUGUUCUUGAUUAGCUAUAAGCAAAUUUAGGUAAAGCUAGUUUUGUGGCUUUUACAUUUAAAAAGAAAAAGAAAUAUUUGUUGUAUAAUAUCUAGAUGAUCCUUGUGUAAAUGUUGCUUAGUUUGGUUUUGUUCCUGAACUGUGGUGUCCUGCCCACCUGCACUUGUUUCUACAGCAGAGGAACCCCACAACAAACGGACAAUUAAACAGCAAAACUUGGUUCGAGAAUUUAUUGACGACAAACUGGUUACCCGCUCUUGUCUGGCCAUUUAUAUGUAUGUAGUAGCUUUGGUAAACUGCAUUUCUUUUUUGAUGAGGGGGAGGAAAUGAAUAAAGUAACUGACGCAGUGAA